UAUCUACAUUUAACUAACAACAACGCAACAAUUUUCUGGGUUACAUAGACGUCGCUUGCAGCCGUCGUAGUAGUGUCUUCGUAAGCCUUCUAGGACUCCUGGUGCCGAGUACCUUUCAAGCUCGCCAGCAGUAGUAUCUUACAACUUCGUUUGUAUUUAUAUUUCGGACAGUCCCUAAGCAGCGGCUGGGAAUUCAGGCACGAAGGAUGAGGCAGAAAUCCAUGUGCCAAGCCCGCGGGCCUAAGACGCGAGUUAUAGCAUGGCAGCGACGGUCAACCUGCCUUACAACGGUGAGGGCUGCAGUCGUAUCAGCUGCUCCAGAAGCCGAACGCAAGGCUAAGAGUACUGGUACCGUCAGCCACAGCAACAACACGCAGCAGUCGCCGCGUGGUUACGAGGACGCUAUUAUGCUUCAAGGUUUUGCCUGGGACUCUUGCCUCCAAAACAAUUGGUACGGCACGGUGCAGAGCAAGAUACCUGACAUGCAGGCGGCCGGCAUCUCCCACGUCUGGCUGCCACCUCCAUCUCAGAGCGUCUCGCCACAGGGCUACAUGCCCGGCCAGCUGUACAAUCUGAGCAGCAGGUACGGCAACAAGGAGCAGCUGACGGCGCUGACGCAAGCGCUGGGGCGGGCCGGCAUGCAGGCCCUCGCGGACAUCGUCAUCAACCACAGGUGUGCGGAUGAGAUGGAGGGCGGGGUGUACAACCGCUUCCGGGACGAUGUCAAACAUACGGGCCGGCGUAUCGACUGGGGCCGGUGGGCCAUCACCUGCAACGACCCGGCCUUCAAGGGCUCGGGCAACCCGGACACGGGUGACGACUUCGGCCCCGCCCCCGAUUUGGACCACGCCAACCCCGAGCUGCGCGCCAGCCUGGCGGACUGGCUGGGGUGGCUGCAGCGGGAGGUUGGGUUCGCGGGCUGGCGGCUGGACUUUGCGAGGGGCUACGCAGCCCGCUAUGCCGGCGAGUACGUGGCUGCUAGCACGGGUCCGCAGCAGCUCAACGUGGGGGAGGUGUGGGUCGACCUGGCGUGGAGCGGACCCGACCUGCAGCACAACCAGGACGCGGCGCGGCAGCGCAUCUGUGACUGGAUCAGGGGAACGGGAGAGAGCUGCUGCGCCUUCGACUUCCCCACCAAGGGGCUCCUGCAGGAGGCGGUGAAGCACACGCAGUACCAGCGGCUGAGGGACGGACAGGGCAAGGCCCCCGGUCUGCUGGGCUGGUGGCCCGCCCGCUCUGUGAGCUUCAUCGAGAACCACGACACGGGCAGCACGCAGCAGCACUGGCCCUUCCCGGCAGACAAGGUGGCGGUGGGGUACGCCUACAUACUGACACACCCAGGCAUCCCCUGCAUCUUCUGGGACCACUUUGCCAGCUGGGGUGAGGAGCUGCACCGGGUCAUCACGGGCCUGGCACUGCUGCGGCGCCGCGCAGGCAUCCAUGCAGGCAGCCGACUGGAGGUACUCGCGGCAGAACCAGACAUGUAUGUUGCGCGGGUCGGGGGCAGUUUGACGGUGAAGCUGGGGCCGAGAUACGACAUGGGGGCUGGGCUGCUGCCGCGGGAGGGGGAGGGCUGGCGGCUGGCGCUGUCAGGCAGGGACUGGGCGGUGUGGGAGCGGGUGGGCGGCAGCAGCAGCAGCGGGAGGCAGUAGCGGGCAGUAGCUACUAAGGGGCGUGUGUGCUGCUUUGGGAUGGAGUUGGAGUUAGAGCUUGAGGCGCUUACGGCGCAUGUGCUGCACUGUGACUCCUUUUAUAGGCGAACGUUUAUGGCGGCGUGGAUGAAACUGUUUUUACGAGCGUGUACCCUGGCGUAUGGAUGUUUAUUUAGGGCGGCGUGUGCCGGUGUAUAUUGGCUCAUGUUACAUUAUAUACACCGGUAUAGCGUACCAUACACAACCUCCGUGACGUCACGAGCACCAAGUGCAUGUACGUUGGUGCCUUGCUCUCGUGAUCUAACUUCCCGGUAUUUUGCAUGAGCGCUUGAGCGGACAUGUGGCGCAUGUCGAUUACCUCCACGAUGUCUAGCGUGGGAAACUGCGCUGCGCUGCGCUUAAACCUAUGUAUCUUACUAAUGCUGCUGCGAGCGGGAUUGAGAGCGAUGUAUGUUCUUAGGUUGUUGUGUGAUAUGGUGUGCCUUGUCCACAUAUGAUCUACGUUUCGUGAUCUGUCAACUUGGAUUCAAUACCACUACCAUACUUGGGUAGGGUAUCAUACCUGGAUCCAAAUGCAUUGCAUGAGCUUGUAUCUUUGUCGUACCUGAUCUUGCAUGCGCGCGUGUGUGUUUUCAGUCAAGACUGAGCCGGGGGGGGGAACCCGAACCUGUGAUUGUGUUCUUGUCGUGUUCCUAGCUCUAUAUAUACACUGUUGAUGGUUUCAUGGAUGGAACGCCGUCGUAUGCCAGGAAAUGAACAACUUGAUAUGAAACCCGAUUGCUAUGAACGUCCGUACAGGAACGGUGACGGUUAAUGGAACUUGUCGUGAUCUCGAAUCUUCCGUACUUGGCACUCAUACAUUUUAAACCCUUUAGAAGUAGCGGGGUGAUUUCUAAUGACGGCAUGGCAGAUGGCACGGACAAUGCACACACAUGCGUUGCCCCUGUGUUGUGUUGCCUGCGCCGAUAUGCGUGGCGCAGGCCGAGAUGUCGUUGCUGUGGGUUGGCGUGAUUCGGGUGGUGGGGGUGCCAGCGUGCUACCCAACUUAUCUCUGGCUGGGGGCUUGCUGGGUUUUGGGUGCUUACGCAAACAUACGUUGCGUACAUACGUAGCGUGCCCCAUGCAAAGCCGAUUUGCUGGUAGUGAUUAACAGUAUACGGAUGAUGUUACAUGGUGGGCCCUAUGAGGGCUGUCACAGACCAACGAGACGGUGUUGGAGUGAGCGCUUAAGAGUCAAGCCGAAGUUGGUUUCAGAUGAAGCCGCUUUGGGACUUCCCGUCGUGAGUGGUUGGUUGUUGCUGACCGAGGGCUGCAGAGGAGUUAGCAGAGGCAGUUGGCACACUCGAACUGAGCGUGAACGCCCGGAACAACAACAGCAGCAGUAUAUGGUUGUGUAUCCGUGAGCUGCUGAGCGCUUCUCGUGAUGUAAUACAACAGCUUCACA